AUGCGGCACCCUCAUUGGGCGCAGCCCCUGGGCGCGAGCUGCAGGGCCCUCUUGCUGGGCCCUUGGAUGCCUCCAAAACCUCCAAGACAGGGGGAGGUUGGAGGGAUGGACAAGGCCGUCCGCGAUGGUGAAGCGAGAUCGCCUGCUGUGGUCCGUACGCCCUCCCAGGAGCGGGCGCGACAGGGGGGCCAAUGGGGAGGCCUAAGCGACGAUCUCCCACGCGGUGGCUUUUUCGCUCCUCCGCCCCUUGCCCAUUGUCCUCCCGCCUCUCGCCCGGAGCACGAGCCCUGGCGCCCUCCUGGCGCCCUUGUCCCCAGCCAGUCAGGUGCUGGCCCCGGGAUGCGCCGCGCGUGGCACGAAGCAUAG